AUGCUCACCACGGCUCCUCGACUGCGCAUCCGCCGUCCUUCUCCCACAACCGCCGAAUACACCGUCACCACGCUACCGCCCCAGACGCUGCCUCUACGUCUCUUAUGGCUCCUCCUCCUCUUCCUGCGCAUCUUCCUCUCCCUCGUCACGCUACUCGUCCUCUAUGCGCGAUGGGUCCAAGAGCGUAGCUCCUUUGGCGCAGUGCCAACAACACCCUUUCCGCCCUCCUCUCUUCCGCCGCUGCUCUCCCUCGACCGCAUGGUAUUGCUCCUCGACGCCUUCCAAGACACCCCCAGCGGCAAACUCCUCGCCCGCAUCGCCGCCUCGGUGACCCUCCCCGUGCUGGUCCCCGUCGCCGCGGCGGUCUUCUACGCGCUCAGCCUGCGGGUCCACAAGGAGGAGAGCCUGCUGGUGCUGCGCGGGCUGGGCGUGCAGACGAGCGAGAGCCCGGCGACGUAUCUGGCCAGCGCGGCGACGCGCUUCAUCCCGACGGAGAAGAUCCAGGACAUACUGGUGAACGAGGCGUUUCGGGGCUUCGAGGUGCGGUAUUACCUCGUCGUGGUGGUGGAGGGAGAGGAGGAUGUCGUGGUGGUGUUUCCGGGCUUGCUGCCCAAGAGGAAGAUUGUCGAGACGGUGUGGAGGGGGCUGAGGGAGUGUUUGUACGAGGGGAGAGGGGAGGAUAGUAGAGUGGUGGCUAGCGAGAAAUGA